CGAGAAUUUGGGUAGCAUCCAUUGUACGUAUCUGCCUAGGUAAAUUCCAACCUUACACCAAUCUCACUUACCUCCUUCCUAGUAUUGGCUUCCACCUAGUAGGUCAAGUGCUCUGUUUUGCUUACCUAUAUCAAAUAUUCUGAGAAAAAUUAAAAAAAUAAAAAAAAUUAAAAAAAAUUGCAAAGCCUAUUUGCGUCCAUCGAAUCGUCGUUCAUUUCGCUGCCAAAAAUGGCUCCUCGUCAUCCGCUUCAGAGGAUUGCCUCUCCGUCUAGACAAAUUUCUAUACUACUUCAUUUAGGGGGAAUCUUGUCCUUCAUAGCCUCUUUCAGGUUUCUUUUCGGAUGGGAAACUCCAAUGUCGGCGGCAUUUGGCGGGCACUUCCAGUUUCUUACGAUCAUCGGCCUGACCCUUGCGCUAUGCACAUACGUUGUCGGUUUCCUGGCUGAUGUCACCCUGUCCUCGCGGCUAUUUAAGCUCAAGAAUGUACUCUCCGUAUGUUCGACGCCGUUGGAGGUACUAAUUAGCAUCCUGUACUGGGGGCUCUGUGCAAUCGACAAGAGUCUUGUUUUUCCACCCGAGUUUCAGCUCGACUUCCUUCCAGAUUUCGGUUUCCACGCGGCGCCCGCCCUGUUUCUGACGAUAGAUCUGCUGCUCCUGAGCCCGCCGUGGACCAUACGUGGCUAUUCGGCGUUAGCUCUAAGCGAAUGCUUAGCGUUCCUAUAUUGGUUUUGGGUCGAGUAUUGCUUUUAUCACAACGGCUGGUAUCCUUAUCCCAUCUUUGACAUCCUGAGCACAUGGCAGCGCGCAAUUCUCUUUACGUUUUCUGCAUCCCUAAUGACCGGAAGCACGAUACUGUUGAAGUGGACGUAUGGGAGAAUCAAUGGAAUCGAGAAAUUUGAGAAAGAAGCAGUGGCCAUUCCUUCGGGAAUUCGAGCCAAAAAUGAAUAAUCUAUCUUCAUACACAGUGGAUUAAUAUCAAUGUUCCGCUUGAUAUUCAAAUUAUGUACAUAGAUCGCAAGGUUUAAUAAUUACCUACAUAUCGGUCCCGGUAUACCGGACCGGCCGAGGCUUGAAAGAGGAUUAAGAUAAUGAAUCAGACGUAUUGGAAUAGGUUUGACAAAGUUUCUUUGAUUAUGCACAAUAAAGUUGGAACAAGGGAUCGGCUUGACAUAACUAUCGUAUGUUUAUCAGUGACUCGAUCCUAUCAACUUGCAUGUGUUUCUCUGUAUUGCAGAAGGCGCGAGAUGUCAAAUCGAGUACCUUGCAUUGGAUCAAACUACAUGUAGUUACUAGGGUAUGUAAAUCCUACCGAGUCAUUGAUUACGGUGUGACCCCGCCAUCGGAGUGGGUACCCCUCGGAGUUUCGCUAAGGAUUCAUCAAUCCAUUGAAUUUCACUAUAAUUGACCCACCCCCACUAUGACUCUUGAAUGGGCUAACAUUUUUCUAGAAUCGAAAAGGUAGAUCCGUUUUUUUUU